UCAUAAUUGAAUAAUUUGAUGGUUUCUUCUGGUAACUUACCUGUUGUGGAUGGUCAAAAGAUUGUAGUAGGUUUGACUGGUGAACCAUGUCUACCUAUCUUAAAAGUUGGUCACCAAACAUAAAAAAUAAGCAAGUACAUAAGUGUUUCAUUAACACCCAAAAUAGUAAAUUGAGGUGAUAUGAUGAUGGGGACUAAGUAUUUUUAUUUUAAUUACGCCAUUGCCGUUGCACUUCUUCUAGUUGCAGCUAACUCAGGGAUGCAAAUAAGUGGGCAAAGCGUUUCGUGCCUAAACCAGCUUGCCCCAUGCCUAAAUUACCUGAACGGUACCAAGGAAGUGCCUCAAGUUUGCUGUAAUCCUCUCAAAUCAGUGAUAAGGAACAAUCCAGAGUGCUUGUGCCGUAUGAUUAGUAACCGAGGAAGUUCUCAGGCCGAACGAGCUGGCAUCGAUGUCAAUGAUGCUCAAAUGUUGCCUGCUCGAUGUGGAGAACAUGUCAAUCCAAUUGCUUGCUUAACUCGAUCUCGAGGAUCUACAAACUCAAACAGAAGUUCCUCCUCUGGCAACUCCUUCUCUCAAUCCUAUUGGAUGACAACAUUAGCUUUUGCACUCAUCGUUUUGUCAUUUAUAUUCUUUCAGUAACCUGUAUUUCUCAUUGUCUAUAGCAACUCUGCUUUGCUUUUUGUUUGUUUUGUUUUGAUGCUGUAUGAGUUAAUUAUGAUUAUUGGUCGUCACCAACACAUCGUACCAUUAUUAUUCCCCAUAAAUAGUAUAAAUCCAUUUCUAA